GUUCAUUCAUCUUCUUCCAGAGAGAGAGGCGAGUUAACGCGAAGGUUAUUUUACAUGCGGGAGGAACUGCUCGGGACCAAAACACUGCCGCGAGAAUAGCUGCAGAGCAAAGAAGAGGCUUUUAUUUUGUAGCUGUCAGGAGCUCAUUCUUCUUCCCAAACAUCACAGGAGAGGUGAAGUAUCAUGGGGAAACACAACAGCAAGCUGGCUCCGGAGGUUCUGGAUGACCUGACCAAGAACACCGAAUUCAACGAGGCAGAGCUCAAGCAGUGGUACAAAGGCUUCCUCAAAGACUGUCCCACUGGCAUCCUCAACCUGGAGGAGUUUCAGCAGCUCUAUGUUAAGUUUUUCCCAUAUGGUGAUGCCUCAAAGUUCGCCCAGCAUGCGUUUCGGACAUUCGACAAAAACGGCGAUGGGACCAUCGACUUCAGAGAGUUCAUCUGCGCCCUGUCCAUCACCUCCAGGGGCAGCUUCGAGCAGAAACUCAACUGGGCCUUCAACAUGUAUGAUCUGGACGGAGAUGGAAAGAUCACACGCAUGGAGAUGCUGGAGAUCAUCGAGGCCAUCUACAAGAUGGUCGGCACUGUGAUCAUGAUGCGUAUGAACGAGGAUGGGCUGACCCCGCAGCAGCGCGUGGACAAGAUCUUCUCCAAGAUGGACAAGGACCACAAUGAUGAGAUCAGCCUGGACGAGUUUAAAGAGGCAGCAAAGUCUGACCCCUCCAUCGUCCUACUGCUGCAGUGUGACAUGCAGAAGUAGGGAGAGGGAUAGGUGGAGAAACAGAGGGAGGGAGGGGAAAGAGUUGAACUGUUAAGGAGAAGGAAGGAGGAUGAGAGAAGAGAGGGGCUUGGGAAGAAAGGGAGGGACGCAGUUUGGGGAGGAGCAGGAGGAGGUAGAGGAGCUCUUUUCCUUUUUUUGAGGCAGCGAUGACUGGCAAAGAGCCGUGUUUGGAGCACAGCGGACCUUGGAUUGAUGCCAAUCUUUAAUUUCAGGCCGUCCCACUGUGCAGUGCACUCCUGCAGCACCUCCACUUCGGUCUAGCUUUUGGUCUUUACAAAUCCAAAUCUGAUGAAAUCUGUGAAAAGAGGAAAAUUCCCCCAGCACUUGCACAUUUCCCCAAAUGUCCUAUUUGUAUGAUAGUGAAUGGUUGGGAAACCCUUUUUUUAAAAGAUCUUAAUCCUAAAAGAAAUAUUUGCAAAACUCAUUCGCUUUCUUUCUGAGAGUUAGAUGAGAGGAUUGAUGGGACUAUCGUAUUGUUUUAAUGUGAAGCGACAGCCAGCAGACAGUUAGCUUAGCUCGGCUUAGCAUGAGACUGACAACAGGGAGACUGCUAGCCUGGCUGUGUUCAGGGGUAAAGAGAUCUGCCUCCCAACAUCCCUAAAACUCAUUAAUUAACAUGUUCUAUGUUCCGAACUGUAAAAACGUCAAGUUGAAGUCAAGAGUUUUGCUCCCUGUUUCCCUGUUCCCACUCUUUAUGCUAAGCUAAACUAAGCUAAUAGUUUCCUGUUCUUCAUACUUACCGUACACAUAUGAGAGCGAUAUCGUUCUUCUAAGCGAACGCUUGUCAAAAAAGCUAAUUAUUAUAAUGGCAUCCAGAAUACUCAUUUGAAAUCCCAGCAGUGUUUGGAUGCUGUGCACCGUGGGACAGUUUGAUAAAAGGAAUGGCAUUAAACCAACAAAGGGCGACAAGAAAGAAGCAAAUGUUGUGCUGAUAGAGAGAGAAUUAUAUUAAUGAACGACACAGUGAGUUUGUGUUAUGGCGUCCACGUGUGUGUGUGUGAGUACAUGAGAAUGUGUGUGUGUGUGGACAUUUUACCGGCAAAAUAGACUUCAUUAACGCAGAUCAAACUGCCCCUCUGUUUAAAUGUGCGUGCAGUUUAAUUAAUCUGUUCCUAAACAAUCAAAUCCACAAGCAGCUGCGUGGCACUUACAGAAAGCAUGGACGCGUGUGGACGGCGUGCUGCGAUCGGAGUGUGAGGCGGGUGAUGAAUGUCUCAGACGGCUGCCUCCAGCAGCGUGCUGAGGCAUACUGAUGUGUCCUCAAGCUUUUCUACACGUGCUAACAAAAUCAAUAUCUUAUCAAAAUGAUUACAUGUGUUUUAUUAAAAGGACAUGUAAUUAGGUUUAGGAUAAAGCCUCAUCCUACACAUCAUGUAAUCUGACCUUCCCCAGCACUGAACAUGUUGUCUGCAUGUUGUCUCUCUUUGGCAUUACUUUAGCUUUAUUUGAAUGCCAGCUGCAGUUUCAGCGGGCAACAGGAAAUUAACAUUUGACAUUAUUAAAAGUAUAUAAUAAUUACUUAUUUUACAAAAAGAAUGACAUGAAAUCUCUACAUCAGCUCGUCAUAAUUAAAGCUCGAACUUUGUGAUUAUAAUCAUUUCAGAUUCUUCUGCAGGCAUGAGUUUUUGUUUGCAGACAUAAAAUGUUGAAAACUGGCACAGACUGUGUUUUCAGUGCAUUACUGUAUCUCAGUUUGUCUUUUUAGACACUGGUGGACAUCGAAAUGUGUAAAUAUUACACACUGUGGCUUUAAAACCUCUCAAAACUUAGUUUCAAUGAUUACAAAUGUCUUUACAUCCUUUCAUUUUGACGACUAAGCUAAGUUUGUAAAGCUUUUUGACUUCUAAAAUCUGUUGCAGUUUUAAAAACAGUUGUAAAACUGAACUCUGGAAAUCGUGUCAGUCGGACACAUGACGUGAUUUAAGCAGACGCAGAUAUAGGAGCCGAUAGAACAGCGUCGAGUCGGGAUCAUCAGGACAGUAAUUAGGCCGAAUGACAGAAACGGAAAGGUCAAACCUGCCUCCAUGAUUCAUUGUUGUUGCACAUGAAAUGACCGUCUCUCCUCUUCCUCUCCCAAUAUCCUGCUCGACCCCCUUUCUGUCUUCUUCCUCCCUAAAUGUCAGAGAGGAAGCGCUUUGAUAAUCGGUGGAGGGAGAGGAACUUUUCUGAACUCAGCUCGGAUGUAAAAUCAAUUUGAAAAAGAGCAAAAGGUUAAAGAGGAAGUCUGGGUGCUUUUUUUGCGCGCGCGUGUGUGUGUGUGUGUGUGUGUAAAUGGUCUCACCUGUUUGUGAAUGUAAACAAUGGCAGAUAACUAAAACAAGUGUAAUGCUGUUAGUAACUGCUAGCUUGUAGCUUAAUCACAACAUCUACGUUGUUUGCUGUGUGAAGGCAGUGGUGUUCACAGGUACAGGGCAGCAGCAGCGGUGGAAAUAAACAUUGCGAAGGUAUGUGGUAACCGAUCUAUGGAGGUCAGCACCUCUUCCCCCGUGGAAGGAAUUGGCUACUCCCAUUGGCUGUCGUGAAUCACUCCAAAAAACACGCCAGCGGAUUCACAUGAGCUGAAAAUCAGUUUUGCGUUGUUUGGUCUGAACACACCGCCCAAGUGAACGAGCGACACACUAUUGUUAUCACUAUUAGUUACUGUGGAUGUUGCUUCAAUCGUGAAAGCUUACAGAAACAAAUACACAGGUCACCCACAACUCUAAAAAUACUUUUUACUGACUUUCACGAGCCCUGUAUUAAUAAUUCCGACUCAUCGGGUGAGACCUUUACGUUUCUCCUUGUGGAUCAGUCAGAAAUGUCCCUCAUCUCUGCAUUGCAGCAAAAACAUUUGACUUCCCUCCUGUCGGCGAAUCAGAUUCAUCUGCUGCUUCUCAGCCAGCCAAUGAACAUGCUCCCUCCCUAAAGCUAAAGAAACGGCCUCCUCUGUUCGAUAAUGUAAUGAUAAAACUACAUGUACAUUAUGAUACGACUGUAAUCGUAUUUCUGAAUAUAAACCAGUAUAAUAUGUAAAUGUACCACUAGCUUAGACCUACUUUCAUAUGAUGACACAGCUACUGUGUGUGUGUGAGAGAAAGAGUGAACUUGUGUGAGUGCUUGUGAAAGCUCAGUGUGUGCUGCGUGUCGGGACAGUGGCAGUGAGUGUUCGCAUGUGUUUUGUAUUUGUAUCAUUUGUGUAACAAGAGAGGCCUCAGUGUAGUUUAACUUUGUAAACCCUCCACCGACGCACUAAGUAUUAUUAACUCACACUUGCUUUCGUGGUCCGCUGGUUUCCGGUUUGUACUGUCUCCACUUCGGGACGUGUCGUUUCGUUCGCUGUAGCCUAAUGUUGCGGUUCUACAAGUAAUACUCACGUAGAUGUUUCACCAAAUCACAGGUUGUGUUGAGAAGUUGUUGGCAGGUGGAGUGAUACAAACACUGUCCUGUGUCACAGUGCCACCUCGUGGACGGAGGUAUAAUGUCUCACAACAACGCUACAGCUGCCCUCUGUUCAUAAUUAAUGGCUCAAGAUCAAAACCCACAAUGUUAUAUGACGUCUUUUCUUUCUUUAAAGUGCAGACGUCUGAAAGUGGAGUGAGAUAAUUACAUCUUUUAUUGAUUUAUAUCGAUUUUAUGGAAUGAAGAUCUUUUAGGUGAAGGAGAAAUCAAGCAAUGAACAGUAGCCAGGUUUCCUUCCAAAUGUGGCGCGAAUUUUAACCGAAUUUCGAGUGAAAUAAGCGGGAAAGAAAAUGCGAAUAAAAGCUUGUUUCCAGCCACUAUGGAUUAUUAGGAGAGGUCUAUCGAGAUAAGCAGUUUGUGGCUCCGAUUCUCAAGUUGGACAAACCAUUACACCUUUGCAGAAGAAGAGGGCGCAACAACACCACGUCAAAACUUAAUUCAAAUAUGACAUUUCUGUUCAAUGUAUUAAUAUGAAAAGGCUGCAUGUGCAAAUAUAUAAUUCUAAUUAUAACUCAUUUAGAAGGUGACGCAACGUAUCCUCAAUCAACGCUUGGUGUACUAUACGGGGAGUUAUUGUGUCACGUUUCAACAGGAGCGGAGAGUGAGUCUGCACAACACCACGUCGUUAGGUUUAGGAGAAGAUCGGGGUUUCGGUUGAAAUAACUACGUGCGUAACGUAAGAAAUAACACACGUUGCCUUUCGGUUUUACGCGGGACACAAACAGCUUCUCUUGUGGGGAAGUGCGUCCACCCCGACCUCCUCAUACUACGUCACCCGUCUCAUGAUUACGUGGGUUACAUAACACAACCAGAUGAAAGUCACAGUGAACACACAGUCGCCUGUACAGCCUCCUGGAUUAGUUGAGUGUUAUGCAGUGAAACAGCUUGAUUGGAUCAGAUUGGCUCACAAAGUGGCUUCACGAUGUGUGGAGCUCCUCCGCUGAUUACAUUCUGACCAUCAUAAUUAUCACCGGUUCAGCGCGUGAGAGCCACUUUGACUUUCCUCCCCGAGAACGCAGACGCAAAUUAUUAUAUUUUUGUUAUUUUGAUCGCUUUCUCGUCUGAUGUUUUUUCACACACACCGUCCAAUUCAAAACUGCUUAGACAAAGUUCAAUAUUUAAUGUGUAGAUUUUAAUGUGCCAAGGAUGGCGUGCGAGAACUGAAAUAUGAUUGCAGUGUAUCAGGUGGAGUGAUGCUGUGUUGAUCAGUUCACCAGAAGGUUCUGGACACACACUGAGCUGUGUGACAUGAAUAUGAACAUGUGAUUUUAUUUUGAAAGGGUGAUCAUAUGUGCUCGGUUGUGCAAUUUAAUUAUAUUCUUCAACAUUUCUCUAUAAUGUUCUUGUAAAAUGUCUACUUGUCCCGUCUGAUGAUUUUUGCUUUUGUUUUUCUUUUUGUUUUCAAUAUUGUUAAGCUCCUAGAACAAAGACGAUGUAAUUAUUUUUGUUACAUAGAAAUAAAACACAUGAAUGUCGA